GAUACUUCCACAAUGGAAAACCCAAGGGGACGUACCUCCAGAUGGAAAACAGAAAGCAUUAUUUUGUUUAUCUUCAUUAUUGGAAUGCUAUCUGAGGACUGCAAAUGUGCAUGUUGCAAAGAGGACUGCAAAUGUGAAUGUUGCACAGAGGACUGCAUACGUGAACGGUGCAAAGAGGACUGCAAAUGUAAAUGUUGCACAGAGGACUGCGAAUGUGAAUGUUGCAAAGAGGACUGCGAAUGUGAAUGUUGCAAAGGUCAGUAA